AUGAACAGAGCCACGGCACUUAUCUGCGGCCGACCCGCUUCACAAAUUACUACCCGGGGGUUAUUAUUCCAGCGUCUGAGCGCCCCGAUCUUUGCAAGACCCAUCUCGCCUUCGCGCCAUUUGCACACAACUCUGCGUCUGAUGCAGUCACAAGAAUCAUCAGUGCCACCAAGUGAAGGUUCUGUCAAUGACGACGCCGCAGAAAUUGAUUUCUGCGCACAACCAUUGUCAGAACCAGUGCUGCGUGCACGCAUCGCAACUCACCUGGAAACACCGGCAUCGCAGAAACAACUAACAGCCGUGGAAACAGUAAGCUUGCUACGAGCAGUGACGGUUGGGUACGGUACGUACGCGGCCGGGCGACUGGGACUCGGCGACGCAGAGGUGCUAAAGACACAGCGAGAGUUACUGGCCCGCGUGUUGUCGACAGAAGCUGUUGAUUCGGAGAACCCGUCAUUUUCAGCCCCACUGGAUUGCCUGAUUCUGGCCCCGCAGGUGCUGCGCCCGGUGUUUUUGGAUCUCGUAAAUAAGGACUACCGUAUGGCCUCGAGCUUCUUCAAGCCAGGUGUUGAUGCACCGUCAACUUGGGAAGCACAGAAACAAAAGGAUGAGAAGGAAACCCAGGAGGUGACAGAGAUUUUUAGCACAUCGGAUCUCGUGCUGGACAUUAUGAAGGCAUACAAUAAGAAAUAUAGCAACGCAGUGUCCAUCAAGCGCGAAACUAAUCUACUGGAACACGACAAGACUCUCCCAAGCUUAAAACAAGGCCGCUUUACGGUCCAGUCGGUCGUCCCCACAUAUAUCCCGCUACCUGUGGCCAUGAUUCCUUUCCGCAGAGCUGUGUAUAAUGGUGAGCUGGACAAGGCGUUUGCGAUGAUUGACGCGACGGUAGCUGGAGGGAACUACAUGAAGGCUGUGCGACGGAAGUGGGUAGCGUACGGCACACGGUGGGCCCUCGGGACGUCGACAGUUUUGGCGAGCGUUGAUUUGCUGCUGCGGUCCGGGUAUGUGGGUACGUGGACGUCGACGACGGGCGUACUUGCCAUGGUGUUAACGUAUCUUUGCAGUAUGACGAUUCUCGGUGGCCUUGCAUUUGCUGGCCGUGUGUCUGGGUCCGGUGAAUACAUUAAAUGGGUUCCGGGUACGUCGACCACAUACUGGUACUCUCAUGCACAGGAAAUGAAGAUGGCCUCUGCUAUUGCUGCAGUUGAUCGUGCACUUCCUGAAAACCAAAACGAGCCUAGUUUCCGUGUUAAGAAAAUGCUGCAGGCACGCCACAUGAUGGCCAUUGAAGCCGAGCAGGAAACUCUUAUUAAGGAGUACUGGGCCCGUGGCGGCGAGGGGUUUGAAUGGAUCGAACCGGACCAAGACCCUGCUGAAGCCCUUUGGAGAAAGAAGAUGGAGGCGUCCAAGGCAUUGCGUAUUGCGGCACAGGAAAAAUAUGGCGACAAGUACAAGUGGGCCGACGAGCUCAUUGCAGACAAGUCGCUACCUCAUGCUUCGCUCAGUUCACUUCCACGUGCUCCUGAGCCUCCAGCUCCCAAGGGUCUCCCUGAAUUGUAA